AUGGCAGCUCCAACAAAGCUUGAAUUAAUAUCUCUUCCUGGAAGAGGGAGAGCUGAGACCAUAAGAUUGCUAUUGGUCUUCACUCACAGAAAGUUUACUGAUACUCGUUUGACGCUUGCUCAAUGGAAGGCCAAAAGGAAAAUGGCGGGAUUCAACGACGAUACUAAAUUGCCAGUGAUGAAAAUCAACGAAACAAGAACAAUUAUUGGUGUCAUCGACAUCUGCAGACACAUUGCUCUUCAAUAUGGACUUUAUGGAAGUUCCAGUGUUGAUCAGGAGAAGGUCGAUGAGGUGAUUCAGAAGUUGGAAGAGUUGAAUACUGCGAUGAAUCCAAUUCUCAGAGCCACUAUCACCAAAAACUAUGAUGCUAGGAAGGAAUGCUGGAACGUGUUCAAGGAAGAAUCCUUGUUCCCCCUUCUCCGAAAGUAUGAAGAGUUGCUCGGCGAGCAAAAAUUCUUGACUGGAAACCAGUACACCUGGGCUGAUAUUGCUCUCGUUGAGUUCUUGACUCGUUGCCAACAAUGCUAUGAUAGUUUCUAUCUGGCUCAUUUCGAAAAACUUCGCACAUUCUGUCAAGUGUUUGAGUCUCUUCCACACAUUCGUCCAUACAUUCAAGGAAGAUCCGAUUCCUUUUUCUAA